GUUCAAGUUGGUGGUGGUAGUGGAAGUGGUGGAACGGAGCGCGGACCAGUCGAGCCUCCCUCGCACACGUAAGAGCGUGAAACGGAGUCGAGAGUACACGAGGUGAGCCAGUUCGCUGUCGACUGCGCUCGGAACAGGACGUGUGUCGUCCCACGUCGAGUCCGUCCGCGACCUGAACAGAGACUCGCGAGAAGACACCUCCGAACGUCGCGUUCGUUCGGGAGUUUUUGUUGGGACCACCAAGGGAACCCCAGACACUUUGGUUUUUCGCACGUGCCGAGAUUUUGUGGUUCCUCUGUAUCGCGAGGAGAGGAGGGAAAAAGUGUAUUUGUGCGUGAGGGUGCGUGAAUCGAGGAAAGGAGUAACCGGCGAAGUGCCGGUGGUCCGUGAGGGGAGAAUGCCAGACCACGUGGUGGAAAGUACGUUCGAGCUUUCAGCUUUCAUGAAAGCCGGUGUCAUGGCCGGUUCCGAGAGGGACAGCGGCUCCUGCAGCAGCGUCGACGAGGACAGCAGAUCGAGCCUGCAUUCGCCUACCUCGUCCGAGGACAGUGUCGAAGUGCAGGUGACACCGAUCUCGUUGCGGAACAAGCGGAAGCUGGCGGAGCCGCGAAAGAUCCAAGAACCGGCAGUCAUUGCCGCGCCAUUGAAGAAGAGACGGUUCGAGCCUAUUUCCGAGGAGACCACCGUGGAUCAGGAGGAGACCAGGUCGCUGAGCACGCCAAAUCCCUUCCGACCGUGGAUUCCUGCCUCCUACAAAAACGAGUCCAAGGCAACCGCGACUUCGUCCUCGUCGACGACGACGGUGACGAGCACGAUUUCCAACUCGACAGCGACGACAACUGCGACGACGUCGACGACGUUGACGACAACGCCAUUGUCCAGCGAGGGAAAAGAAGAAGAGAGGAGGGGAGAUCAAGACGAGACGACGCAGAGGCUACACGAAUCGUUUAGGAGACUCCAGCAUGCUACUGACCACGAUCGAUCGGCUGUUUCCUCGCGACGAGAGCCUCGUCAGAGGUUGUUCGACUCGACAACGCCAACAGCAGCAACGACGUCGACUCCGCCGAGCGUCAUCGCUCUAGCGCAUCCUAGGCUGCAGGAUGAACCGUUGUCCUUGGUGGUGAGAAACGAGGCGCCCAGAGUGCCGUCGCAUCCCGCCGUCAGUGGCUCCUACGAGAAAACGCCGUCGUACAUGAUGGAGCACUUGUUGGCGACUUCGUCCGGUCAUAAUCAUCAAAAUCACGAGACUCAUCCGAGCCAGCGGAGUCACCAGAGUCACCAAGUGGCCUCCGCGUCGAGACACCACCACCAGGGCGGCCAGCAGAGAAAUUACAAGAACAUGACGAGAGAAAGACGGAUAGAGGCGAAUGCUCGAGAGAGAACCAGGGUGCAUACCAUCAGCGCGGCCUUCGACACGUUGAGACACGCGAUACCCGCCUACUCGCACAACCAGAAGCUAUCGAAGCUAUCGGUACUGAGGAUCGCCUGCAGCUACAUCAUGACACUCAGCAAGAUUCUCGGGAAGGACAGCGAGGUGGCCACAAAAAGCAACGGCAUUGCGGGCUUGGGCAGUUGCGUGGACCUGGUCUCCAGGACCAUUCAGACGGAGGGCAAGCUCAGAAAGCGGAAAGACGACUAAACGAAUCAAGGUUUCCACCUCAACAGCGGGAACAAUAUAUGAAGAUAAAGGACAAUGGGAUCUGUAACGAAAAACAGCAGGACAUGUCCCGCCUCGCAUUGUCAAACGCUUAUACGUCUUCUAUUCUCGAUGCCAUUUGAUUCGUGGGGAGGUCAACCUAGGGUUAAGUAAGCUGUUAACCUAAGCAACUAAUCCUCGCCGGUCUCUACGCUGCGCGUAUUAAUUCGUAGUGUAUCGAUCAGGAAUGCGUUAACUUAGAGUCGCGACGGAAGGACUUUCGAAAGACUUGAUGAUAAGAUUAAUUAAAUUGAGUCUUGCUCGCAGAACACGAUUAUAGGAUUAACUACUUGUCGUUUUACAAAAAUUGUAUAUUACGCUUUUUGAAAUCAUAAUAAGCUUUAAAUUCUAAUGGACACUGUCAGCAGAGAAUUUUUUGCGACGCCCGCAAUGGGAAUUCGUCUACCUACCUACCGAUAGCAGUUGCGCAACCAGACAAUAAAACUUUAGAGAGAUUCUCAUACUUAGAUCACGCCUGAUUUACAACAGACACUGCUCAUUGCACCGCGUCACGGACAUUACGGUAGAGAACGGCGAACGUUUAUGUAGGAUUUGAUAAUUCACGAUAGAAGCUAGUCUUGAAGUUAUCUUAACCCUUUCGAAGCGGUAAUGGCAACGGUAAGCUCGUUACAUUUCAUUUGCUUAUCCCAAAAAAUACAUCGAGACUUUUACUUUUAAGUGCAAAAAUUUCAAGACUUUUAAACUCUCUUGUGAAGUGUAAAUUAAAUGUACACAAAUUUUUCAUAAAACAAUUCUCUACACUGAGAAAAAAAUUUUAUUGGACAAACCAAUUAUAAUAAAUAGUAUCUCCAACGGUUAAUAUCUUUUCCGAUUAAAUGAAAGAUGCUUUGAUCUGAAGAAAUGCAUCGAUGAAAUUUGAUCGAAAAAUUAGAAUAUACACAGUAGAAAAUAGUGUGUUUAAAUGUUAAAAUUUUCUUGUGUUACCAAGAUUUGAUUCUUACUUCAAUGUAAAAUUAACACAA